UCUCUAAAUUAAAAUUAAGAAUAUAGUUUCAUCAUUAAUCUCUUCGAUAAGUUCAUUAAAUGUUCUUUGAUAAUUAAUCGCGUGGCGUGCUGGAGUGGUUACUUUUAUAAGCUCUUUGUUGGCGCCAAACCGAGAUAAGCUUUGAAGUUUGACGCAGAUGUUAUUUUGAAUUUAAGAUUAAAAUUGUGUGGUUAUCACUUACAUACAACUUAGUUAAACUGCAGUAAAGUUUAAUGUUUACCAGUUUUAUCAAUUUAUUAAAAGAAUAAUGCCGUACGAAAAGAACAAAUUUUAUACGAAAACGCCUUUUUGUAUGGAAUGUAAAAGGACUGACUUUUACAUUUAUUAUGAAGUGGAGGACUUAGCUGCUAAGUGUGAAAUGUUUAAAGAUGAAAGUUUUAAAUUUCGUACAAUUGGCCUUCUUAAAAGUACAAAUGGCCGAUUUUUUAUUGGUAGUAUCAAACUUCCUAUGAAUAAAACAGAUGUAAACAUAAGAGUAUCAAUGUUUUACAUGAAAUCACAUCCCAAAUCUACACUGAUACCAUACCCUGUACAAUUAUUUGGUACUAUUCAGUGGAGGAAGGAGCCUGUUAUCAUUGCUCAUAUUCUGCAGGUAUUGAAUACAAGCAUGGCAUUGAGAUUGGUGGAAACAUUAAGAUCAGUGAAAGUUCACCUUGCCAGGGUACCCAUGGACGAUAGCAUAGAUCUUGGAGAUGAAAAUAGUUAAUCUAGUUUUAAUAAUUCUCUAUUAAAACUCUCUUUUCACCAAUGUGAAAUGAAGGGUGUGGAUAUAUAUUCCAAUAAGAUUUAUAAUCUGAUAUGCUACCUUAAGGCUGAGUUAGCACUUUCAACUUUGAUGUGAAUAAAGUUUGCUGCUUACCCUUAUGUCAAAAGCUAUAGACUGCACUAGAACUUAGCUUAUAUUUUUACAAAUAUGUAUAUAUUCAAUGAUGUUCUGGUACUUUUCUGAUCAAAUCAGAUAAUUAAUACAAUAAAAUUGUUUAA